AUGGUUCGAAAGGCAACAAAAAAAACCAUUAAAAAAGUAAAACAAGUUGAAGAAUUCAAUGACGAUGAUGAAAUUAUUGAAGAAAUAGUUGAAGAAAUUGAAGAAGUAGUUGAACAAAGAGAUGAAGUAAAUGAUGAAUUUCAAGAAGAAGAAGAAGAACUAGAAGAUGAUGAUGAUGAUGAAGAUGAUGAAGAUGAAAUUGUAUUCACUUCAAUCAGAACCACAGCAACAACAACAACACCAAUAAAUCAACACAAUGAUAAAGAGAAAGAAAAAAAGAAAGAUAAACAAGAAGAAUAUAUUGAUAGUGAUGAUGACGAUGAUGAUGAUGGUGAUGAAAAUUAUUAUUUAAAUAAUAAUAAUAAUAAUAAUAAUAAUAUCAAUAAUAAUAAUAAUUAUAAUAAUAAUAAUUAUAAUAAUAAUAAUACACCAACAGAACCAAUUAAAACUGAAACUAUAUUUUAUAAUCCACCAAUUAGAAAAAGAAAUGAAAUUAAUGGUACAGUGAAUACAGUUUCAGGUGGUAAGUCAUCAAAGAACAUCAUAGAGAAGAUGGGUGAACAAUCAUGGGGUGAUAUGUAUACGCCAUCUAAAUGUUUACAAAUUUCCAAACAAAAUUGUGAACUUCAGAGUAAAUAUUAUACAGAGGCACAAUUGGAAAGAUUGUCAAGUGAGAUUCGCCGUAAUCCAUCAAUGGCUUCAAAGAGUUAUCAUUUCCUCUCACUUGGUUUAACAACAAAGAUUAAUCAUCAAUGGAUUAGAGCAUUGAUAUCAAUGGCUCUAUUGAUCUCAUUGGUGGCUAUCAUCUUUUAUCUACCAUUACCACAUUUGAAACAUAUCAUAAUGUCACCAACUGGACCAUCCAUUCAAACUUCAAAGACCACUGGUGAAUUUGAUCAAUUCGAUUUCAACAAUCCAUCAAUUGCAACCAAAUUAACAGCAUUCAAAGAUAAUUGGAGAAGAUUCUCAAUUGUUGGUGUUUCAAAUUUCCUCUGUUCAAAUUAUAAUUUUAAUCCAAUUGAUUACAGUGAUGGUGGUGGUGAUGGUGGUGAUGGUGGUAAUACAUCAAUACCAAAAGAAUUCUCAACAGUUCAGGAAUUAAAAAAUUUAAAAAUAUUUGGUUCUUGUAUAUUGUUUGGUGUGAUUUUAUUCGUGGUUUGGUUAUUUGCAACUCGUUUAGCUGAAAAGGAAAUUAUUAUCAAAUCCAAUUUACCAUUACAAUUUUUACAUAGUAUUCUUACAUUGUUGGUCAUACCAUUGCUAUCCAUGUUGUUUUGGUCAUUGGUUCUUUUAUACUUUAUUCAAACUCUAUUGAUUGGUAAUCAAGUCAAUGGUCAAGAGGAUAUAUUCUAUUGUGUAAAUCAUCUUUCAAAUUCUCUAUCAGAGAUUAGUUCCUUUUCACCUGCUCGUGAAUUGUUCUUGGGUUCUGUUGGAAUUGUAAUGCGUUUGGUUAAUUAUUUCUAUCCAUUAUCAAUCGAAUCUUUGGCUUUACAUCAAUCAACUUUAUACGAUACCAAAAAUGUUUAUCAAAUGAAAUUGGUUUCUUUCCUUUGGACAAUUAUUGUUGGUUCUUUUAUUUAUCAUACAUUUUUAAUUUCAAGUUAUCUUUAUUCGAUAUUUCAUGAAUAUCAUCCAACAACAACAACAACAACAACAACAACAAUUAAUACUACCACCAACACCACCUCUAACACUUCUCAACAAUCAAAUCCAUUAUCAAAAAGAUUAAAAUCAAAUCAAAUUGAUCCUUCUUCAUUUAAUUUAUUCUCCUUGGAUGUAAAGUUUUUACCAUCAUUCAUACCAGAGGUAUUGAUAACCCAAAACUUUAUCAUUGUUUUCAUUUGGACCAUUGCCGCCUCUCUCUUAUGGAUUUAUGGUGUUCCUCCAAAUUUACAUAUUCAUGAAGGUGAAAUAUUCUUUAUCUUUAUCGCUUUGGCUCCUCUAAUAAAAUCAAUCUAUAAUUUAAUCAUCAUUGAACAAAAAAAAGAUAAAAUUAACCAAGUUCACAAUGAAAUCUCUUGGAAAUCUGAACCUGAAAUCUUAGAAUUACAACGUCAACGUUUAGAACAAGAUCAAUUAGAUCAACAACAAUUUGAUGAAUUAAUUGAUAAUUAA